UGGCUGACUUCCUUAUAUGAACUGUAACUCAGUCAAAUCUUUGAAAUUUUCAAGUUUAAAUUUUUGUUCAGUAUAUUUCAUUCGUUUUGGGGGGUAUCUGUGCUUUACUUUACUACUUAUAUUUUUGAUUACUAUAACUCCAUUACAUUCCUAAAGCGAAUAUUUACAUUUUACUCCAAAAUGGUCAGGCAGGACAGUAAAUUGGUCAAUUUCACACACCUAACAAUAUUCUGUAUACAUCUGGCCCUUCUUUGGACACUGUGUUAACAAACCUCCAAACAAGCUUCAAUGCCAUACAACACUCCUUCUGUGGCCUACAACUGCUUUUAAAUGCUAGUAAAACUAAAUGCAUGCUCUUAAACCGAUUGCUGCCCGCACCCGCCCGCCCGACUAGCAUCACUAUUCUGGACAGUUCUGACUUAGAAUAUGUGGACAACUACAAAUACCUAGGUGUCUGGUUAGACUGUAAACUCACAUUAAGCAUCUCCAAUCCAAAAUUAAAUCUAAAAUUGGCUUCCUAUUUCGCAACAAUUCCUCCUUCAUUCAUGCUGCCAAACAUACCCUCGUAAAACUGACUAUCCUACCGAUCAUUGACUUCGGCAAUGUAAUUUACAAAAUAGCCUCCAACACUCUACUCAGCAAAUUGGAUGUAGUGUAUAACAGUGCCAUCUGUUUUGUCACCCCAUAUACUACCCACCACUGCGACCUGUAUGCUCUUGUUGGCUGGCCCUCGCUUCAUAUCCGUUGCCAAACCCACUGGCUCCAGGUCAUCUAUAAGUCUUUGCUAGGAAAAGCCCUGCCUUAUCUCAGCUCACUGUUCACCAUAGCAACACCCACCUGUAGCACACGCUCCAGCAGGUAUAUUUCACUGGUCAUCCCAAAGCCAAAACCUGCUUUGGCCGCCUUUUCUUCCAGUUCUCUGCUGCCAAUGACUGGAACGGAUUGCAAUAGUCACUGAAGCUGGAGACUUAUAUCUCCCUCUCUAACUUUAAGCAUCAGCUGUCAGAGCUGUCCCUGUACACAGCCCAUCUUUAAAUAGCACACCCAACAUCCCCAUAUUGUUAUUUUUUUGUUGUUGCUCUUUUGCACCCCAGUAUCUCUACUUGCACAUCUAUCACUCCAGUGUUAACACUACAUUGUAAUUAUUUCGCCUCUAUGGCCUAUUUACUGCCUUACCUCCCUAAUCUUACUACAUUUGCACACACUGUACAUAGAUUUUUUGUAUUGUGUUAUUGACUGUAUGUUUGUUUAUCCCAUGUGUAACUCUGUUGUUGUUUUUGUCGCACUGCUUUGCUUUAUCUUGUCCAGGUCAAAGUUGUAAAUGAGAACUUGUUCUCAACUGGGCCUACCUGGUUAAAUAAAGGUGAAAUAAAAUAAAUAAAAAAUAAUGCAUCCUAAAACAUUAUUCAUGUAGACUACACUGUCCCGCGAAUAUCCCGCCUAAAUCGCCCUGUUGUCCCGCAUUUGGGUAUUUUAAAUGUGGUCUCCCUAGACAUGAUCAAUUACUUGAUAACACAACUAACAUAACUUGAUAGCACACAUGGUUAACUGCGGUAAUGAUUACCUGGUUUAAUUUUAAAAACUGAAAACGUCAAUGUCAUGGUAAGUUCAGCCAAAUAGGCUUUUGCUUAUUUCUUUUAACAUCCAUAUGAUAUACAGUACUUUAGGGUAGGCCUACCUAUAGGCCGUCGUGUCAAAAUAUAGCCUGCAAUAUACUACGGUAGUUCGGGAAUUUGGGAUCGUGAUUUGAAAGUGGAUACUGGAUACUGGGGUUUGUUUGGCUUCAAAUUCAAACUGCUGGCCAAUGAGCGAGCGCGUUUAGCAGAGCGCUCUAAAGCGCAGGCCUGUGUACACAAGUCUGGUUGCACAACUUUCGAGUAACCAAUGCCUACUACGGAUGGGCCGGAACUGAGUUCAACGCAAAAUACAAAUGUGCUUUUUCUGGCUACAUAUUGUUCCACACGUAUAGGAGGAUCCCUUAAUUGAAUGGUUACUGCAUAUUCUAAAUAGUAACAUUAUGGCUCAAUCGCAAUGUUUGGACGAUUCACCUGGAAGGUGGCCGUCAACAAAACAGGGAAAUUAUUUGAAUGUACAGGAGUUGUACAACGAAAAGCACCGAUUAGCGUUAGAGGAGCUUAUUUCAGGUGGAGUUGAUUCCUUUCUGGAUUUUCUAAAAAAAGAACAAAUUCCGAACUUUCUCUCAGAUGACGAGAUCAAACAGAUUGGCGGUGCUGCGGCGGUCCCACGCUGUGCGUCCCUUCAUGGUGAGGACGUGAUUAUUGAGCAGUCGGUGAUUGCCAUAGUGACAGACUCUCUGACAGACCUGGACAUAUUCAAGGAUCUUCAAGAGGCGUGCACGCGGCACAAAGUUCCAGUCUACAUCCUGCUGGAACACUCCUGUGUGCCUGCAUUCCUCAAAAUGUGCAACAACAUCAAUGUGCGCCUGGACGAGCUUCUGCAAAUGCGAGUGAGGACCAUAACUGGUGGUACGUACUUCAUGAGAUCAGGGGCCAAGAUUACUGGAAAGGUACAUGAACGGUUCAUGUUGAUUGAUGGGAACCGAGUGGCUACAGGCUCCUACAGGUUCAAUUGGACUGAUGGUAAACUAAACAGCAGCAACCUGAUUGAGUUGUCUGGCCAGAUCACUGAGAACUUUGAUGAGGAGUUCCGCAUCCUGUAUGCCCAGUCCAUGCCUGUUAUUACCAGGGGCCCAGCCAGUGCCCGAAUCAGUGGCAUCUACGACCACCUGCUCAUCAAACUCCCCGUCACGUCAUCCCCUCAGCCGGCCAGAGAAAUGCCCCCAGUCGAGUCUGUCUGUCUGGAAGUAUUGGACAAAAUUGUCUGUCUGACCAGCACACCUAGCCGGGCCCAGGCUGUGGCAGUGCUGCCCCCCAGAGAGGACACUGGAGCGAGGGGCCGUAAGAGCAGCCCGGUCUCAGACUCCUCCACCAUAGGGGAAGACUGGAUGGAGCAGCAGCACAUGCAGGAGAUCCUGUCUGGAAGUGCAGGGGCAUAACCCUGGUCUGCUGAUGGACAGUGUGGGCAUGGACACUUGGCCAAGGGCCAGAUGUUUACAAUAAAAUAACUUAUUGAGCUACAGGGCCUUGGAGAUGAUGGGUGUUGUGGAAAGGGUUCUGUGUUUCGUAGGUAUACACUACCUGAAACAAAUGGGUUUAAAGGGCAAUAUGAAAUAUUUGAGGCUUAUUCUUCCUUAGUCUUAAGAUUUUGAAAGUACACUACAUGGCCAGAAGGAUGUGGACACCCCUUCAAAUUGGUGGAUUCGGCUAUUUCAGCCACGCCCGUUGCUGACAGGUUAAUGAAAUCUAGCACACAGCCAAGCAACCUCCAUAGACAAAAAUUGGCAGUAGAAUGGCCCAUCCUCAAGAGAUCAGUGACUUUCACCACCUUCGCCACCUUUCCAACAAGUAAUUUCAUUACAUUUCUGCCCUGCUAUAGCUGCUCCAGUAAACUGUAAGUGCUGUUAUUGUGAAGUGGAAACGUCUAGAAACAACAACGGCUCAGCCGUAAAAGUGGUUGGCCACACAAGCUCGCAGAACGGGACCGUAGAGUGCUGAAGCCCGUUGCAUGUAAAAAUCUGUUGCAACACUCACUACCGAGUUCCAAACUGCCUCUGGAAGCAACGCCAGCACAAGAACUGUUCAUUGGGAGCUUCAUGAAAUGGGUUUCCAUGGCCGAGCAGUCACACACAAGAUCACCAUGCACAAUUCCAAGCAUCGUCUGGAGUGGUGUAAAGCUCACACAUCUGGGUUUGGAGUACACUACCUGCAUGAGUGCAUAGUGCCAACUGUAAAGUUUGGUGGAUGAGGAAUAAUGGUCUGGGGCUGUUUUUCAUGGUUUGGGCUAGGCCCCUUAGUUCAAGUGAAGAGAAAUCUUACGCAACAGCAUACAAUGACAUUCUAGAUGAUUCUGUGCUUCCAACUUUGUGGCAACAAAGUGGGGAAGGCCCUUUCCUGUUUCAGCAUGACAAUGCUCCCAUGCACAAGGGGUGGUCCAUACAGAAAUGGUUUGAUAAGAUCCGUGUGGACGAACUUGACUGGCCUGCACAGAGUCCUGACCUCAACCCCAUUGAACACCUUUGUGAUGAAUGGCCACUGCGAGCCAGGCCUAGCUGCCCAACAUCAGUGCCUGACCUCACUAAUGCUCUUGUGGCUGGAUGGAAGCAAGUCCCCGCAGUAAUGUUCCAACAUCUAAUGAAAAGCCUUCCCUGAAGAGUGGAGGCUGUUAUAGCAGUAAAGGGGGACCAACACCAUAUUGAAGCCCAUGAUUUUGGAAUGAGAGAGUCUACGAGCAUGUGUACACAUACUUUUGGCUAUGUAGAGUAUGUGUUAUUGUGAUGCAGCAUUCUUCCUCUUGUUAUUGUCAACCUGUCCCCUUUCUUUCAACCCUGUUUGAACAUGACUACUAGAAAUUGACAUGAAAUGGCAAGAGAUCGGCCACAGAUAGACUGACCAUUUUUGCCACGAAAUGGUACGUUUUUAAGCAUGGACAUUGUGCAAUAAGACACAAUCUGUAUAGUUUUUAUGAAAAUAUUUUAUUGAACCAAGAUUGUCCAAUGAUUUAUUUGAGAAACAGUAAGUACAAUUCAUAAAUUGAUAUUUUAUGACAAUUUUAAGUGAGCCAUUUUGUCUGCUGUAACUAAACUUAAUUAUGCUGGAUUCUAACAUGCAGUCUAACUUAACCUGAGUACUGAGAAAGUAUAGGUUUUAUGAUAUCGAUUGAUGUACUUCAUUGCUGACACAAAUGGAAAUAAAGGAGUACUUGAUUUAUA